UUAUCUGCCUCAGCAUCAGACCUUUGCACCACCUGAACCAGACAAGCCUAGUGAAGCCUCUGUUCCAACAUCUAUCUGUGUAAAGUUGACACAUAAUAAAUUCUGGUCCAGCCUUUUACCUUGAAUCUGUGUGUAUCAUGCUGCCUCAACUGUGUUUCUUGUAAACAACAUAUAGAAGGAUUCUGGUUUUUAAUCCAUUCUGCUAUCUGCUUCCAUUUAACAGGAUGCUGUCCAACUUGUACCACUGGUUCUGGAAGGAUGAGUUCUGGCUUCCUGCUGGAUACACAUGGACUGACAUAGAGGAUGCCAAUGGGGUCACAUACCCUCAUCCCAAAGACCUCCUGGCAACCAUUCCCUUGGCAUUCAUCUUAGUGAUCGUCCGAUAUAGCUUUGAGACGACCGUUGGUGUAUUUCUGAGCAGGGUCAUGGGUGUUCGUGACCACCUUAGAUUAAAGCCUGACCCCAACCCCAUAUUGGAGUCCUUUUUCCAGACUCAGAGUCAGAAUCCCAAAGAGGCUCAGCUGAGUCACCUGGCCAGUCAGUGUGGCCUUUCAGUAAGGCAGACCCAGCGCUGGUUCCGACGUCGAAGGAAUCAAGCACGACCCAAUCUGACAAAGAAGUUCUGUGAAUCUAGUUGGAGACUUUUCUUUUAUUUUUCUUCUUCCUUUGGAAUCUUCCUCGCCAUCUACAAUGAGACAUGGUUUGGAGAUUCCAAGACAUGCUUCAACAGAUACCCGACGCAGCCUCUGAAGACUGGCCUAUAUUUCUGUUACCUGCUGGAGAUGAGCUUCUACCAGUCUUUGCUGCUCACUCUGCCCUUUGAUGUGAAGAGGAAGGACACCAUGGAACAGAUCAUCCACCACUUUAUUGUCAUCAUCUUGUUAUUCAUCUCCUAUUGCGGCAACCUUUUGUCCUUUGGUGGCGUGACAUUGCUGCUACAUGAUAUAACUGACAUCUUAUUAGAGGCCAGUAAGAUGUUCCUUUAUGCACAGUGGAAACAUGCAUGUGAAAUACUCUUCUACAUCUUUGCUGUGAUGUUCAUUGUCAACCGGCUCAUUCUCUUCCCAAACAAAAUCAUCUAUGUAUUCUUCUAUGAUUUCACGUGGAAGCCCUUCUUUGCAUAUAUUUUUACCUUUGUCCUUCUGAUCAUCCUGCAGGGACUCCAUGUCUUCUGGACCUACUUAGUUCUCCAAAGAAUCUAUUUAAGGAUUAUAUAUAAGAAGAAGAGUGAUGUGAGGAGUGACUUGGAGGAACAAGACACAAGUGAUGAGCAGUUAGAGAAGACAGAGAAGCAGAUGAACCGGAGGCUCCAGGCCAAUGAAGUCCCCAAUUCCUGCAACUUCCUCCAGACUUGAGUAUCCUAACCUCCUGACCAAUAUGCCUGUUCUAGCAACAUAGACUGAUCUAUACUAAGGCCAUCAGAUUGCCCAGUUGAUGGAUGAAACUUGGAGGAUGGAUCUUCUGAGGAUUAGAUCAUUAUGGGAAUUGUCCCAGGUUCUUAUUUGGUGAAGAUUCUGGUUCUGGACCAGAAAACUUUCAUUCUUUCUCUUUCUAUCAGUCCAUCCCCACCUCUGUUAAACCUAAGGGAAGAAAGGAAACUUGGGAUCUCUACAUGGGGUUUAAGGGUGGACUUAACAAUCUUCUUGAGCUUAAUGAUCUUCCUAGACUACUAAGUAUUGUUCUCAUUAUUCUGGCUGCUAAGCACUGUUCUCAUCAUUCACAAGGUCUUAGUAAAGGUGAUACUGGAGAGAGGAUAGAGAUUCUCUAGAACUUCUCCAUACAAAUGCUGUGUUUCUGCUGUACAGAUGCUGUUAAGGACUGUGAACUUUAGAUUACUCCACCCUACUUAGUCUAACAAAAAUCAGGAAAUUAUGAACUUUAGAUUACUCUACUCUACUUAGUCUAACAAAAUCAGGAAUGUCUACACCCAUACUUAAGGAUUAAGUAUUUAGGAGGAUGGCCUAUGACAGACAUGUGCUAGCAAAUGACAAAACAGAAACCCCUGGGCUGUCCUAAGUCAAGCCUAAGAUAUCCUUGGUACAUGUGAGACACAGAAAAGUGAUGUAAAACUGUCUAUACAUUUCGCGUCACUUCCUUUCUCUGGCCUCUUUGACGGCAGAGAGGUGGCUGGCGGCAGCUUGCUGAGCGUGUCAGCAUCUUGGCAUGGCUGCUGCUAUUGUCCGGGGUUAGUGGUGAGUUUUCCUUGAUACCAUACUGGAGGAAGCCUAGUAACCUAGUUCAAGUGAGGCUCUUCUCUGAGAUCUCUCAAAGUUUAGGCUGAUUUUUCUCUCCUUUAACUUCCAAACACUAUCCUCUUAGAGAAAGCCCCUAAUCUUCUAAGACCUUGUGGUGGAGGAAUUUGAACUCCCCUGGGCUCAGGCCAGACGGGAGAAAUCCUAUACUUUUCCCUCGCUCUUCUCCUUGAUUUCUUCCCUAUAUAUUGAUUAAACUACCAUAUAUUU